CAAACUUAAAAAAUACAAAGAAGAAGAAGAAGAACUGUCAAAGAGUAGAAGGAAGCUGGAGGCAGCGGUUCGACCCUUCACUGACUGUCAGUCUGGGAUGCAAAUGGAGGAAAGGACUGUCAUCAGAUAAGUGGAGCUUCUGCUCUGGUGCUGCUGCUGAAGCCUCUCGUGAAACUCAACCUCGUCAUCUAAGAUGUGAAUUUUGCCGAAUGAAAGGAUGAGAAACCCGAGUAACGACAUCGCGGAGGACGACUCGCCAGCCUCGUAAUUUCCCCCACAUGAACUUUUAUGUUUAGCCGCCCCCCUCGCUCCCGUCUCGUCUCGCUCCGACGCCUCCGUCCGCUGUCGGCUCUGCUCCGCGGCCCCCCCCCCCCCUCCAGGCAGAGCGGCCCCCGUCCCUCUGCCGCCCCGAGGCCCCUCCCCAUCGGCGGCGCCCGCCACCGCCCCGCCCCCCGGCCCCGCCCCGCCCCGCCCCCCCGGCGGCUGUGUUGGUGUACGAUGGCGCGGUGGGACGCUGAGGGCCGCCGCGGGGGACUGUGAUGUCAGAGCCCAACAGCCCGGGCGAGAGCCGGCGUGGCGCCCCCAGAUUCUUCGUGGGCUGCGAGGACGAUGAGAGCGAGGUCCUGGACGAGAGCAUAAGGACAGACAUGGACCUGUAUGAGGACGACGAAGACACAGACUCGCCCCCGGAGCGACAGAUCGUGGUGGGGAUCUGUUGCAUGAUGAAGAAGUCCAAGUCGAAGCCGAUGACCCAGAUCCUGGAGAGGCUGUGCAGGUUCGAGUACAUCACCGUGGUCAUCUUCCCAGAGGACGUCAUCCUCAACGAGCCCGUGGACAAAUGGCCUCUGUGCGACUGCCUCAUCUCCUUCCACUCCAAGGGAUUCCCGCUGGAUAAAGCAGUGAGCUACGCCAAACUGAGAAACCCUCUGCUCAUCAAUGACCUCAACAUGCAGUACUACAUACAGGACAGGAGAGAGGUGUACCGCAUCCUGCAGGAGGAAGGGAUUGAUCUACCACGCUUUGCUGUGCUGAACCGUGACCCAGAUAAACCAGAAGAGUGUAACUUGGUGGAAGGGGAGGACCACGUGGAGGUGAACGGAGAGAUAUUCCAGAAGCCUUUCGUUGAGAAGCCGGUCUGCGCCGAGGACCACAACGUCUACAUCUACUACCCGACGUCUGCCGGCGGCGGCAGCCAGCGCCUUUUCAGAAAGAUCGGGAGCCGAAGCAGCGUCUACUCACCGGAAAGCAGCGUGAGGAAGACGGGCUCGUACAUCUAUGAAGAGUUCAUGCCGACGGACGGCACCGACGUUAAGGUUUACACCGUGGGGCCGGACUACGCUCACGCUGAGGCCCGGAAGUCGCCCGCUCUGGACGGGAAGGUGGAGAGGGACAGCGAGGGGAAGGAGGUCCGUUACCCGGUCAUGCUGUCGGCCAUGGAGAAGCUGGUGGCGCGUAAGGUUUGCCUGGCCUUCAAGCAAACGGUUUGCGGCUUUGACCUCCUCCGAGCCAACGGACACUCGUACGUGUGCGACGUCAACGGCUUCAGCUUCGUGAAGAACUCGAUGAAGUACUACGACGACUGCGCCAAGAUCCUCGGGAAUAUUGUGAUGCGAGAACUGGCGCCGCAGUUUCAGAUUCCUUGGUCUAUUCCCACCGAGGCAGAAGACAUCCCCAUCGUUCCCACCACCUCAGGGACCAUGAUGGAGCUGCGCUGCGUCAUCGCCGUCAUCCGACACGGAGACAGGACGCCCAAACAGAAGAUGAAGAUGGAAGUUCGUAACCCCAUGUUCUUUGAUCUGUUCGAGAAAUACGGAGGAUACAAAACUGGGAAACUGAAGCUCAAGAAGCCGAAACAGCUGCAGGAGGUGCUGGACAUCACACGGCAGCUUUUAGCAGAACUGGGACAACACAACGAUUGUGAGAUAGAGGAGAAGAAGUCGAAACUGGAGCAGCUGAAGACUGUUCUGGAAAUGUACGGCCACUUCUCUGGGAUCAACAGAAAAGUGCAGCUAACCUACCUGCCCCACGGGCAGCCCAAGACCUCAAGUGAGGAAGAAGACACUCGAAAGGAAGGUCCGUCUCUGCUGCUGGUGCUGAAGUGGGGGGGGGAGCUGACUCCUGCUGGCAGAGUCCAGGCCGAGGAACUGGGGAGGGCUUUCCGCUGCAUGUACCCGGGAGGACAAGGCGACUACGCUGGAUUCCCGGGUUGUGGUUUGCUGCGGUUACACAGCACCUACAGACACGACCUGAAGAUAUAUGCGUCCGAUGAAGGCAGGGUGCAGAUGACGGCUGCAGCUUUUGCAAAGGGUUUGCUGGCUCUGGAAGGCGAGCUGACCCCCAUCCUGGUGCAGAUGGUGAAGAGCGCCAACAUGAACGGGCUGCUGGACAACGACAGCGACUCUCUGAGCAGCUGCCAGCACCGCGUCAAGGCCCGACUCCACGAAAUCCUGCAGAAAGACAGGGAGUUCACGGACGAGGAUUACGACAGGCUGGCUCCAACCUCUAGUGCCUCUUUGGUGAAUUCAAUGAAGAUAGUUGAGAACCCAGUGGCCACAUGUGACCAGGUCUACGCCCUCAUUCAGAGCCUCACCUCGCAGAUCCGCAAACGAAUGGAGGACCCCAAGUCUGCCGAUCUGCAGCUCUACCACAGCGAGACUCUGGAGCUGAUGCUGCAGCGCUGGUCCAAACUAGAGAGAGACUUCCGCAUGAAGAACGGCCGCUACGACAUCAGUAAAAUACCGGACAUUUACGACUGCGUCAAGUACGACGUCAUCCACAACGCGUCUCUGGGCCUCGAAGACACGCUGGAGCUCUUCAGACUGUCCCGAGCUUUGGCCGACAUCGUCAUCCCACAGGAAUAUGGAAUAAAUAAAGUGGAGAAAUUGGACAUAGCAUACGCCUACUGCCUCCCACUGGUCAGAAAGAUCCAGCUGGACCUGCAGAGGACACACGAGGACGAGUCUGUCAACAAACUCCACCCUCUAUACUCUCGUGGAGUGAUGUCUCCCGGGCGUCACGUCAGGACGCGUUUAUAUUUCACCAGCGAGAGCCACGUCCACUCCCUGCUCAGCAUUUUCCGCUACGGAGGCUUGCUUGACGAGGAGAAGGACCAGCAGUGGAAGCGUGCCAUGGAUUACCUCAGCGCCGUCUCUGAACUCAACUACAUGACUCAGAUUGUCAUCAUGCUUUAUGAGGACAACAAUAAGGACAUCUCCUCUGAGGAGCGUUUCCACGUGGAGCUUCACUUCAGCCCCGGUGUCAAAGGCGUCGAGGAGGAGGAGAACGCGCCGACCGGCUUUGGCUUCAGGCCGGCGUCUGCAGAGGUGGCGCGGCAGAAUGGGAGGAAACAGCCCGACCCCGGCAGCCUGGAGGAUCUGUCCCGAGAUGAAACCGACCGCGCUGUGCCGCUGUCCGAACCCAUCACCAUUCAGAGGAGGUCACCGCUCAUACGAAAUCACAAGACCGGGUCCAUGGAGGUCCUGUCAGAAACGUCCUCCUCCAAAGUGGGCAGUUAUCGCCUCUUCUCGUUCUGCUCACGUCAGUCCCCCGAGAUGAAACAAAGCGGAUUAGGCUCUCAGUGCGCCGGGCUCUUCAGCACCACCGUCCUCGGUGGCUCCUCUAGCGCCCCUAACCUGCAGGACUACGCACGCGCACACCGCAAAAAAUUCUCCACCGGCAGUCUGUCCUACAAAGACGAGUUGUUGUCUAUGCCGGCAGUAAAACGAUUUUCUGUGUCGUUUGCAAAGCAUCCGACUAAUGGAACACAAGACGACAGCUCCACCCGAGCUCCGCCUCCGUCAGAGCCCUUGGAGGAGCACCACGUGGCCCAGUUGUUGAGGUGUUUCUCCACCGACCUCAGCCUGGGCUGCCACCUCCCUCUGGACGGGGCGCUGGCCCACCACCUCCACCAGUGCUCCUACCACCUCCGCCUCUUCCGAAACUGGCUCAUCUCCGGCCAGGACCCCCUAGAGUACCUCCACGGCUUCGAAGGCUGCUCCAUGGUGCCCUCCAUCUACCCUCUGGAGACGCUGCACAACUCGCUCUCGCUGAAACAGGUCAACGAGUUCCUCAACGGCGUGUGCGAGAGCGCCGGGGAUCCGCACACCAGGACCACCAGAGCUCUGUCGGCCAUGUUUGACACACACAACCAUCCGUCGGUGGACUCGUACAUCCCUCAGAGAGUCUCCUCCUCCAUCUCCCUCAGAUCUCGCUCUGACAGACCUCCCUGGUACAGCAGCGGUCCCUCCAGCACGGUGUCCAGCGCCGGGCCGUCCUCCCCGACCACGGCCGACACUUCGCCGCGGUUCAGCUUCAGCGAGAAGAUCUCGCUGACGCCUCAGAGCAGCGAGGAAACCCACUCCUCUCAGAACGCUUCCGCUCAGCCGCCGCCGCCGCCGCCGCCGCCGCCGCCGCCUGCAGCCGCCACCGCCGACCCCGGGGUUUCCCACCCUCCCGACAUCCCCCUGACUCCCAAUAACUCCCCGGAGGACGAGGACGACUCCGAGCACUGCGCCGCUGCUGCUGCUGCUGCUGAUCCCGAUCACCUCAAACUCACACUUGAAGGACCGGAGGCGGCUUCUCCUCCUCCUCCUUCCUCUUCUCCGUCUUCGUCUUCGUUUUUGGAUCCCUCCGGCGACGCCGUGUCGGACCUGAGGCCGCCCUGCUCCGCUUUGGCCGAGCUCACCCUGGCCCGGAUGGAGGGCUACUGCCUCCCCGGGUCCCUGCCGGUGCUGCUGGAGCUCCGCGAGAGCAGCAGCGAGGCGGGAUCCAGCUCCCAGACGCCCCAGUCGCCCGAGGGGCCCGACGAGUUCUUCGACACCCAGGAGUCCAUGGACCUGUGGAUGGACAGUCCGGAGAGCCCCCCCCAUCCCGAGACGCCCGUGGAGGUGGGGGCCACGCACACAGCCGAGCCGUAGAGAGCGGGACGGGCUCCAAUUUCACCAGAAACUACUCUUAACCUCCUCCUCCUCCAGCUUGAAUAACUGCGCAUUGAGUCAUUUUUGUGGCAGCUGAUCCUCAGACAGUUCUACCUGUUGCCUUUUUUUUUUUUUUUUUUUUUAAAUAAGUGUAGCAGAGACACCUCAGAGCCUCCAGACUCCGCUCGGUUCAGUCGAAGCUGCUCGUUUAGCGGCGUUUCAACCAAUCGUCCUCCUGUUACUGUUGUCGCUCAUAAUAAGCUGGUGGUAAAACUUUUUUUUCCCCUUAAAGCUGCAUUCGUUGGUUUCGGCCUCUAGGGGGCGGAACAUCUCCAAAAAAACAAGAAAGCACUGAGUCUUAAUCAUUCAGGAAAACGCGCGGUAAAAAAGAUGAAACGCAGAGAGAAACGAGGCUCAAAGCGAAGCUCCGCAGAAUCUGGACGGAUGUUUUCACGUGAGCUUUAAUUAAAGUCCGUCUCUCACGCCGUCCGCGCUCGGAUCCGCAGCAGCCGAGUCCUGAUUAACCGACGUUAGACGAGCACAAGUUUCUGUUUUUUUUUUUUUUUCUUUCUUCGUUCCAGGGUGUAGAAACUAACAACAAACUAACAACAAACUAAUAAACGCAGGAAACGACUCAGUCGCAGCAGAAUUUGGGAGGAAACGCAAUCAAAUCGUUUGUUCUUGGUCACGUUGCAGCGUUUUAGAUCCUGCAGCCGUGAUUAUUAUUAUUAUUUUUUUUUUUUUUGUAAGAACAAAAAGAUAAUCUUCAAUCAGCAGGUCAAACUAUGUGUGUGUGUGUGUGUCUGUUUGUGUGCGUGUGUGUGUGUGUGCACCGCUUACUGCCAAAGUCCUGAAGCCUCAUCGAAGAUUUAAUAUAAUCUGUAGGAAAGUAUAAAGAAAAUAAUAUUUAUUUUGAAAAAAUCGCAUCUUGGGAGGAAAAAAAAAAAUAAAUAAAUAAAUACAAAUAAAUAAUAAUAAAUAAAUAAGUAAAUAAAUAAAUGAAAGUCUGUAUUUUUAAUACCCACACAUCAGAUAUUUAAUUGUACCAUAGCUGCUGUGUAUAUAUUGUAAAAUCAAGAUGUGGGAGGAUAAAGAAUCUGUAAGAUAAUCUGUCACUGAACAAACAGGAUCUGUGCUUUUAUUGUUCUUGUUUUUGGGAGGAGGAGGAGGAGGAGGAGGAGGAGGAGGUGUGGGGGGGUUAUGGACACAUGCUUAUUCAGGUAGACGCUGAUGAUGUGCAAUCCUGUGUGUGUGAUCGGUUUCAUGUUACACUGCGAUGUACUGUAGAGCUGAAAUACACGACUGAGUGAAACUCUAAACGGGACGUGUCGUCUUCUUCAGGUCACACUCUUUACUUUAACUCACAACAACGACAAACUUCAACAGACUCUGGUCACGUGAGGUUCAGGCGGACGACGACAACAACAACAACAACCACAACAACAACAACAAUAACAACGUGUUCCUUAUUAAAACCUAAACUCCACAGCAGCGUUUAGACCUGGAGGAAACGUCCCGUCUCCUUCUUAUUCCUCUGGAAGAAGAAGAACACGACUGAAUGAAACAAAACAAGAUUGUUCAACUGGUCCAGAUGUUUCUCUUAAGAUAAUUAAAAAAGAAAAGAAAAGAAAAGCAAAGACAAUCAGAAUAAUCACAACAUUUAAUGGAGAAAAGUUUUGAGAAGAGCUGAUCAAGCUCAGCCACAUUGUUCUAGAUCAAUAAGAACAUAAAUAAUCCGAACAUUUGUGAAAUCUUAGAAGGUUAAAACAUUUAACUUUAAAACAGAGCCC